UGUGCCUUUAAACGUUCCUCGUUUCUGUUACCAUGGAAACGAGAAGGAGGGCCGCUGGAGACGAAGACGGAUACACAGUUUGAAAACUAAGUUGACAGAAGAAAGAGUGAAACUUUGAGAUUGUGAGACUUUAUGGCCUGAAAAAACUUCAAACACAACAACAUACCAUGGCUUUUAGGCCUCUCCGUGAGAAGCCGACUCGUCAAAGGUUUGCUGAGAUUCAGUUGGUGGCGCCAAGACCCCCCCCAAUGGAACUGGACGAUCUUUUAUUUGACGUACUGAAGAAACACCGGGAGUAUGAAGAUCUUACCAAAGUGUACAACGAACAACUGCAGACAUUGAAGAGUUUGGAGCAGCGCGAAAAGGAGAUGAGAGAGGAGUUAAAACAAAAACGGAUUACAACGAAGGAGUUACUCUCCAGCGUUGAUAUGUUUCUUAAGGAUAAGGACAUUGAUCAAGCUGUUGAGAGGGAGAGGAAGGGGAUGAUUGAAAAGGAGGCAGAGAUAGAGAGGCUGAAGAAGGAGCAUGUUGAAAUGAAGGAGAGGAAACAGGAGGCACUGCACCAGGUGCAGAGACUCUCUGUGUGUCGGGACUUCAUGGAGCGAGUGGUCAAAAUGACCAAGUUUCAAGAUGUAAAUGCGCUCGCAGAUCAUCUAGAGAAUCUUCUACACGUCCGAGACAAGCUCUCUCAGAAGGAGCGUGAGGCAGAGGAGAAGGCCGACCAGCUGAGCAAAGAGCUGCUGACACUGGAGGACCAGCAUCGCUUGAUGCUCCUGCACAAGAACAAUGAGCUGUCAAAGCUCCAGACCGAACUAGAGAAGAGGCGCUCUGAAGCUGACAUCUGGGAGAGGAAGUGGAACCACAUCCAGGAAACCGCAGCAAAGAAAACGCUCCUACUGGGACAAAUUAAGAUGGUGACCCUCAACCUCUAUGAAUCGACAGGUGGGGCUGUAGGAGGAGAGGAUGGUGUGGAUAUAAAUGACACAGAGAUGCAGCUGGAAAAGAUCAAGAUUUUCAUCCAGGACCACGACGCCAUCGUGAAACAAUAUCAAAGUGCCUCGCAGAGACAGAGCAACGAACAGAAAAGAGACAAGUCCAAAAAGCGCAUCGCACCUCGCAAUAAAAAAAGUUGAUUUUUCAGUUUAACCUUAAA